GCGGGAGGCCUUUCCGCGCGCGACAACGAGAGUGAACCGCGGCCGCUCUCUCUCAUUGCAGGUAGGAGGCGGGGGGGGGCGUGAAAGAGAGGAGCCCGCUAUUCAUUGGAGGGUCGGGGGCGAAAGAGCCCGCCCCCGACGUUGCUCCCUGCGGCCGGGUUGGAAGGAAGGUGGUCCUGGCCACGUGUUCGCUCCCUCGCUCGCACCUGCAGGCUGUUUAAUUUAUUGGCAUGCGGGCGGCCACGUUUUCCCCCUCUGGGACGUUUUGUCCAAAUGUUUGUCCUGGCUUUUGCUUUCUAACCCACUCAGGUCUGCCCCCACCCCCAAAAUAAAACCCCCAUCUUUUUACAGAAAAACAGUCCCCCCCCCGUAAAACAAUAUUUUUAACCGAGUUUGCUAAAGCAAAUCUUGUCAGAAAUGAACGACGGAUUUUUAAAAACCAGCUAAACGCAAAAUACCGUAUCUUUAAAGACCUUAGCCAACUUGUCUUAAUUAUAUAUUGCUUUAUACAUACUACAUCGUGGUCAAUUUCCACGUUAUCUCUGCCGUUGUUGCAUUUUGCCCUGAUGCCGUGCAACAGCUGAAUAAGAGGCAGAAAAUCCAUUAAGUACAGUUACUCCCUGUAAUCUUCGUCCUCCUCAUCAUUGUUACUACGGUACUUUACGCUGUAUGCUGCUUUCUCAAGGAGAUGUGCCCAAAGCACAGCAGUGCAACAACAGGAAUGUGUAUUAACCCAGCGUCGUUAUUACAAUAACUGCAAAAUAUUGUUGCAGCUUAGAUAAUGAAACAAAUUGUUCAUGACGUACAUUUUGCAGACUAGAGACCACCUCUUCAGUUGCAUGGAAGGUUUUCUCUAGUUGACAGGUGCACAAAGUUGGAGAGAAUCUCAGUGAGCUCUGGUCCUCAUCUCCAUUAUGUCUUGGGGUUAUUUUUGUGUUCUUUCCUUUGUCUGUUGUAUAUAUUGCUUCUCUCUUUAUUGCAUAACUGAAAAUCUAAUUUGAAAAACUAAAAAAGAUCCAGUAAUAGUUACCUAUUCAUUCAUUCAGUUCAAUUCAAAACAGAGCACAGUUAUGGAGGUCAGUGAUGGGGGAAAGCUGCACUCCUGGAAUUCUACUGAUGAUGCAUCUUCUAAAGCAUAGAAUCCUAUUGGACAAAGUGUAAAACCUAAACACCUCUCGUGGUGACAGUGAAUCAAGUCCAAGCAUUUUUGCACUUGUUAUUAGCUGACAACCACCAUACAUUUAGAGACAGUUGUCCAGUAUUUAGCUUUUUGCCAAGUGGGCUAGUGUUGGUCGUGAUCUUGUUGCUGCCCUGGUUUAAGUGUGAAGGUGAAAGAGGCAUUUGUUUUCCCCAUGCCCUUGAGCUUAAUACACCCCAGAGGAGGGGUAGUAGAUCUUCCUAAAUAUGUUUUGUGUGUAUGAGCAUCCCUCUGUUACCACAGUUCCACUGGUCUGGUGGUCAAUAUGAUACAAAGCUUGUCUAUUUAAAUUAUUUGUUUUACUUUUUCAUAGGCAUUUCUAAAAUGAAGAAACUUCUGCUGGUUGAUGUUGAUUGUGGUGUUGAUGAUGCUCAAGCUAUUAUGAUGGCCCUGGCAUCUCCCAAUGUCGAAGUCCUGGGGAUUACUUGCUGUUAUGGAAACAGCAUCUUGGAAAAUAUAUGUAAAAAUGUACUUCGUGUGUUACAUAUUUGUAACAAGCUUGAGGUAAUCUGUUCCUGCUGAAUAAUCUUUCAAACAAAUUUUGCAUUAUGGUGUCAUGAUGUGGUAUUCAUAAAUGAGACACAGGUAACUUGAUCUUAUGCAUACUGUACUUGCUUCCAAGUAAUGUCUAUUUUUACACAUAAUGGCAAUCACUGAGAACAUUUGGUUGAGCCAACUGGCUUCAACCAGAAGCCAACACUGAAUUUUCCUGGUCCCAUGGUGUAGAAUACUCUUCCACCAGAGAUUCAGUAAACAUCUGCUGCUAAUUUUCAGGUAUCUCUUGAAAACCUUUUUAUGCUGGCAGGCCUCUUCUGGCGAUUAAACUUUUUCAAGAUGAAUCAGUCAAUUUAUGAUUCUUCUGCAUUGUUUUAUUAUAGUAUCUUGUGUGUUUUUUUGUGUUGCCAUAUAAAUUGUUGCACACUGCCUUGAUAUUUUAUAUGAGCUGGUGGUUUAUCAGUAUUAUUAUUCAUAAAUAAAUAAAUAAAUAAAUGUGGCUGCAUCUGUGAUCUUAAAGAUUGCAGCUGCUUCUCUUAAUGGUUUACUGCCUUCUAUUAAUAGUGAUCCAUGUGGCUAUUACAAAAACAUGCAUGACUACCUGGAUGUGGGUAGGUCUGUAUUUCAUUGUUUGCAGUGGACGUUAUUACCAAGUAAAUGUGAUCAGGGUUUCAGUUUAAGGAGGCAUCCUUAAUGUACUUACUUUGUUCCAUCCCAUUAAAAUUAAUGGAGCUUGUUUGCAAUAGAAUUUUAAGAUUUUAAACGUGAUUAGGAUUGUGGUACAGAAAGUAAACAGAAGUGGCCAUCAUGAGCAGGGGAGUUCUGUGCGUCAGUUCCCUAAACAUAAGACAGGAGACAUAUGUUCCUUUCCACGGAUUACACUUGGAUUCAAGAUUAGCUCUUGUCAUUCCUUCUGUUCUGAUGUAAAGUGGGCUUCCAAUAUGAGAAGGAUUAAAAAACAACAACCCCUUAGAUACUUAUUUCCCUAGUCUGAUAUAAAGAUAGAUCUCAGUUGCAUAAAAAAAAAAGAAAAAGUGCUUGUCAAAUGCAUGUGGGUAAAGGCAAAGAAUGAAUGCUAAUAAUUGUGCAUGACAGUAAGAUCUAAUUAAGCCUUGUCAAAGAAAAUGCAAAAGGGUCUUAUCAUCAUUUAGUUACUAUUGAUUUGUUUUAAAAAGCUAUGGAUGCUUGCAUGAGAUCUCGUAGGAGAUCAGACAGCCCCACAAUAUCCCAGAACUGGCAUGUCAAGAGGGCCUUCCCACCCCGCAGCAAGGCAGAGAACUUAAAAGCUCUUUUUGCAUAUGGUCCACUUGGGUUACAGGUGUGACCUCUGCCUUGAGCUCUCUGCCUUGCUUGGGGGGCAAGGCCUGCUCAGCUUGUCAGCUCUGGAAGGCUAGGGAUGCUCUCACAGGAGCAGUUCUAAGAUGACAGUUUAAGUAUACGUGUUUUUGCUUAUAUGGAACCCCUCACAUAAUAUGUAAUCGUAUUGUGUGUGUGUGUGUGUGUGUGUGUGUGUGUGUAAAAUUGACACCUGUAACUGUAUAAUUUGUAGUACAGCAUUCACAGGCAAGACUGAAGCAGAUUUGGAUAAGAACAGAUAAAAGUUUAUUAAUCCAUAAGAAAUGAUGGGAUAGAUGCAGGAUAGAUAUGGAUUGUGGCUGAUGUCGUGUGUACACCACUUUCCAAACCCACAGUGGAGCACACUGGAUGCAGAGUAAAUGGGAGUAUGUACACAGCCUUAGUCACACUUUGGCCUAAGCCCAACUCCUGCAGAUUAACUAGUUGGCAAUAAAAGCUAUUUGACAUCUGUAUUUCAUUUUGACGGCAUCAAUGGUUUUUGUCUUAAAAUUAAAAUCACAUGGUUGUCAUAUCUUGCAUAGAUUCCAGUUUAUCCUGGUGCCUCAUCUCCGAUACUUGGUGGACCUGUGGAAGGGGCAGAUUAUCAUGGAAAAGAUGGACUGGGUGAUGUUCCAGAUCCCAACGCUCCAGGAUUAGAGCUUCUGCAGAAAGAACAUGCUGUGCUUGCAAUGUUAAGAAUAGUCAAUGAACGACCGGGUCAGGUGAAAUGAUAUAAAAUUCAUUCAGCUCCUCCCUAGUGUAUUUUACUAUUCAAAGUAGACAUGGAUCCAAAAGCAUGUGGAUACAUAAAAAAGUUAGCAGGAUCCUUUCCAGAGGGCAGUUGGCAGUAGAUCACUCUGUGUGAGAGGUGAUCAUCUAGACAGAGCACACUCUGAUAUCUUUUAAAUAUUUUUUCUCUCUCAUAUAUCAGUGCUUUGGGGGUUUAGCUUCUCUAAAGUUCCCUGGUCUUCAUAACUCUUUCAAAAAUAAAAAUAAAAUUGCCCCUUACAGACUAAGUGAACUGCACUGUUUCCCAUCACAUUUCAUUUCUACACAACACACUGGUUUCCUUAAAUUCAAUUAACUAUGUUUUAAAUGCUGUACUCUUAUCCACUUCCCUUCUUUAAUAGUUCCUGUAUUUUGUAGGUGAAUAAUGAAAGUUUCUCUCCUGGUACAAAUAGCAAUGGGGUGAUCUUGGUCAGAAUUGCAGUGGGAGGGAAAUGAUUAAACACUCCCUUCCCACCUUCCUGCUGUCCUUCUCAGGUCCCCUUGCCCCUUCCGUGGCUGAUAUUUAGUUUUAGAAUAUAUAUACCGGUAUAUGUGUGUGUGUGUUAGUGACAGAUCUAGUUUGGUUCUAAGAAUCAUCCCGGUGGGUGAAGAUGGGCCAAGAGGAAAUGGAUUUUAUUCGGUAAGGAGAGGAAAGUAGUACAGGGGUGCAGGUAUUGGUGCUGUGGGUGGGUAAGAAAUGGCUGGAGGAAAGAGACUACUGCAUAUGGCUCUGCAGGGAAAAGCAUACAUAAUAAAUUUAGCACCGGGGCUGUAAAGUGGUGGACAUGUGGACUUACUAAAAGGAGUUUCGAUAGUAUUUUGCUCCUUCUGUCACCAAUGCUUCUGCAAUGAUGACGAUUGUUUGUAUAAUUUGUGUACAGCUUAAAGGUAAAGGUAAAGGGACCCCUGACCAUUAGGGCCAGUCGUGGCCGACUCUGAGGUUGCGGCGCUCAUCUCGCUUUACUGGCCGAGGGAGCCGAUGUACAGCUUCCGGGUCAUGUGGCCAGCAUGACUAAGCAGCUUCUGGCGAACCAGAGCAGCGCACGGAAACGCCGUUUACCUUCCUGCCAGAGCGGUACCUAUUUAUCUACUUGCACUUGGACGUGCUUUUGAACUGCUAGGUUGGCAGGAGCAGGGACCGAGCAACGGGAGCUCACCCCGUCGUGGGGAUUUGAACCACCAACCUUCUGAUCGGCAAGCCCUAGGCUCUGUGGUUUAAUCCACAGCAUCACCCACAUCCCAUUUGUGUACAGCUUAGUAUUUCCUUAUAAAUACAACCCUAACCCCUCCCUUGGAGCCCCAGCUGUCUUGUUAUUGCUAGUGAAAAUAAUGCUGCUAAUAAUAUUUAACAUACUGGGCUUUUCGAGCGUUCAGUGCAUUUAGCAGGCAUGAACACAUCUCCGGCUUCUGUGGCAGAAGAGGGUGGUGGCACCAUCCUCAUGUUGUGGAAGAGCAAGAUUUCCCGUCCACACCAUUGCAAUGACACUUCAUGGGAACUGUAGCUCCAUACAGAGACCUGAUCAUGCAGACUCCCUUCAAAACGGGGAAGAAUUAUGCAAACAAGGUGCUCUGUGUCAUCGGGCAUUGACAUGGGGUGCCUGGUUCUCCUUAAAAUUUAGCACUGGUCAUAACAGCUUCCUAUGUGCAUUUGAGAUCAUGGGUGUGCGCUGUUUGAACUGGGAUUUCUCAACUCAUAGUUCCUUAUUUGGUGUUAUUAUUAUACGGUUGUCAGCUGCCGAGAAAAAGAUAUAGCCCUGACCAGGUCCUUUUCCUGGAGCUCAGCGGGGACUAUUUAACUACAGAGGGGUUGUCAACACAAGACAGCACAACUAUUAAAUAAGUCACUUCAAUGAAUUGUUGUGUAUGUUUUAUAGGUUUCUCUAGUUGCUACUGGUCCCUUGACCAAUUUAGCGCUGGCGGUGAAAAUGGACCCAACAUUUCCUAAGAAACUUAAAAAUGUGUUCAUCAUGGGAGGAAAUACAGAAGGUAAAUCAAGAGGGCUUGUUAGGCAUGUUUGUAUGUAAUUGUUUUCUCUCUUAAUAUUUCACAAGUGAGCUGCUUUUUAAAGAAUAUUCUUGCCUGCAGAACACUUGUGUUUCAGUGUUUUGCAGCAACAAGUUAUGUUGAGUCAUCAUUCAAGUACUUAUUUUGUCUUAGUUGAUUGUUACCUUGAUUGUUCAGCAACUGAAUUUGCAAGAAAUCCUCCUGAUUAUUCUUGAAGACAGCAUACUUUUCUUUUGCGUGGGAAUUUUGUUGCCUACUUUGGAGACAUUUGAAACAACUAUGCAUUAGUCCAUACUUCCAGUUGUUCCAUGCCUAGAAAGCAUGGGUCCAAGCUGUUUCCCACUUGUCCCUUGUUUUUCCACGUGGGGUCUCAGUGGUUUUGCAUUUGCCUUGCAGCUUCCCCAUGGAAAACAUGCUCCUUUUUUUUUUAAUUGGGCAUUAGAGACUCCUCCAAGUGUGAAUUUGCUCCUUCUGGUAUCUGAACACAGGAAAUGUAGCUCCAAAGGAAAUCGCUGGGUCUCCCUGCCUUGGAGUGUCAGUUUGUUUCCUGCCUUUGCUUGAAGCAGACCAUUCCACCACAUGAUUUCCACAUUCUUCCGGCCUCUUCUGUCUCUCUGACUGCGCCUUUUUAAGAUUGGCGCAGUUUAUGUGUUUGUAUGGGAUUUUUGUUCACAUAUGACAAUGUGCAUGUUUGGCGACGGGGGUGGAAUUGUCCUGCACCUGUGGCAAAUAACAAAGAGCUGUUGUGUAGGAAGCAGCUGUUAGAAACUGAACGAAUUGUCCCACAGAAAACUAAAGUAGCUCUUUUUUGUUUCUAUUAGCCAGAGGAAAUACUACAGUCUGUGGAGAAUUCAAUUUUGCAACAGACCCAGAAGCUGCUUACAUUGUCUUAAAUGAGUACACCUGCCCAACUUACAUUGCAUCAUGGGAGUUCACAUGUUCCUGCCCACUAUCCUGGGUAAGGUAUUAAUGAUCUGUUAAUAUCUAGGCAAGUGUUUCAGCUUGAUCACGUGGCAGCAAUCCUAUAUGUAGUUACCUGGAAGUAAGCCCCAUUGAACUCAAUAGUUCUCAUUUCUGAGUAGACAUGUAUAGGAUUGCAUCUGGGUUGUAUCCAGCAUUAGUCCUGUUUAGAAUAGACCCACUGAAAUGAGUGACCAUGAAUAACUUAGGUCCAUCAAUUUCAAUGGGUCUGCCCUGAACAUGACUUAGUUGGUAACUGAUUUUUAAAAAACUAAAUUGAAUAUGACAAGUCUAUUUUAUAUAAAGAAAUCUAUCAUUCUCAUGACUAUAUAUCCAUCGGGAGCUAAAAUGAUUAAUUCUUGCCACUGUGAAUUCCCUGUGGAACAUUACUGAUGUCAAGGUCAAUAAUGUUUAUUCUGGAGUUUUUACUUAACUUUUUAUGCAGUUGAAUAGUUCUCUUUUUUAAAAAAAGCCCAAACUGUUAUUUACUUUGCAGGAAUUCUACCAUGAAUGGGUUAACCAGAAAACUGAGAAAGCUAUGUUCAUGAAGAAAAUAUUUUCUCAUUCUUUUGAAUUCUCAAAAAUCUUGGGGGAAAAUCCAGGUGAAAAAGAAUGGCGGUCAGGGUUUGUUCCAUGUGAUUCCUACGCUAUGGCAGCUGCCAUCGAAGAGAAUUUUGUAACAGAAUACACAGCAAUUGGUGUAACUGUUGAGCUCAAAGGUUCACUAACAAGAGGAAUGAUGGUAGUGGACUGGAGUAACAAACUGAACAAGGAGAACAAAGCUUUCAUAAUGAAAAAUUGUGAUUUAGGGAAGUUCCAGUCACUUCUGCUAGCUGCUUUAAAAUAAUAAUAAUAUUUUGUAUUGUUAUAAGGACUUACUGAAGUUCCUUCCUCAAGCAUACAUAUAAUGGGCAUCCUGAUCUCUGGUAUUGCUAUCCAAUCAGGUUUGUGUUGCAAUACCUAAAUUUACAUUGCGGUUGUUGAUUUUUUAUUUUUUUAAAAAACACACCAAUCAAGUGGUAUAUUAAUUAUAUGAAAACAAAAAACAAAAACAAAAAAAACAGAAGCCACAUCACAAAGGGGUUUUCAGCCUCCUUUACUAGCACAGAACAUAUAGCUGGAAGAGGGUGAAAGAUACCCAUCCUCUGGGAGUCCCAAGAUUUGGCUCUAAAAUAGCUCAUUUCAUAACACUGGCCUCCAUUUGAAGAGUGAGCUGAUGGCAUAAUGCAGGGAGCUAAGCCAGUUGCAUAGCCAGAGCAAUAUUAGGUUGGUAGGCAUCAACACUGCUGCCAUUUGUAUUGCCUCAAUUGCUGAAAAAAAUCUUGUGAAAGGUCCAAAUUGAACUUGCACCACUGAGAGAGAAUCCAUAGGACUUAAGGCAUCUCACGAGUUACCUCAGAACGUUAAAAACCCAUGUUGUCUGGUAGACUGAAAUAGAUGCUUAGUUAUUUAAUAUUGAUUUAUCUGCAAAUAACACGCAAAAAUUCUAUUAGGGAGUAGUGAAAUUAGUAUACACACGUUGAGCACAAUCUAGAGAAAAACAAGCAUGGUUUUAGAAUUACUUUCACGGAAUAAAUUUGCCAUUAGAUCCAAUAAUGUUUACGUUAACUUUCAGAAAGUACACACCAAUUAUUUUACACGAGUUUUUUUGUGUAAUAGCCACAUAGAAUAAACUACGUGAAAUGCUGGAAAGUUUUGUUAAUUUAGAAGCACAAGGGGGAAAUAAAUUACAUGAAUAUGCUACAUCAGCAUUGACAGAAGGAAAGUACAGUCAUACCUUGGGUUACAGAUGCUUCAGGUUGCGUUUUUUCGGUUUGCGGACCACCGAAACCCGGAAGUACCGGAAUUGCUCUUUGCGCAUGCACAGAUGCACUGCUGCAGGUUGCACACACUGCGGGUUGUAAGCGUGCAUCCCGCACGGAUCACGUUCGCCACCCGAGCGUCCACUGUAAUGCUGUAAUCAUUAUGUUCAUAUGUACAGAAUUCUUUGAAUCAGUUAAAUUAAUAAACCACAUCUACAGAUCUGAUUAAUAGAGUCAAUUUAUUGUAGAAAAUAUUGAACUAAGUCUGUAUAUGCAUGUGUGUUCAUGCACAUAUACACACACACAUUUUAAAACAUUUAAUAAAAUACUAUUUA